AUGGCUUCCACAGCACCCGUACCCAAAGCAACGCACGACGAGCCGAAGGCCGCUCUUGAAGCGCUGGAAGAUAUCUCCGACGCCGACCGGCUGCUCGCGCACUUCCCCAUCCUGCAGGACAAGUCGGCCGAGGAACUGGAGAAGCUGAACAAGGCGGUCCUGCGCAAGCUGGACUGGUACUUCCUGCCCUGCGUGACGAUGAUGCUUCUGAUGAGCUACCUCGACCGCAUCAACGUCUCGAAUGCCCGGCUCGCCGGCAUGCAGGACGACCUCCACAUGGACGACACGACCUGGUCCGCUGGUAUCUCGCUCUUCUAUGUCGGCUACAUCAUCUCGCAGGUCCCGGCCAAUGUCUUCAUCGCGAAGGGCAAGCCUAGCAUCCUCAUGCCCUCGAUCAUGCUCGCCUGGUCUGCCGUGACGAUCUGCAUGCCGGCGCUCACAACAGGCUGGGGGUUUUGUCUCUGUCGCUUCCUCGUUGGGUUCACGGAGGGCCCCUUCGUCCCUGCUGUCUCGCUGCUCACCUCGUCCUGGUACACGAAGCAGGAGUCCCCGCUGCGCAUGGGCAUCUGGCAUGCGGGCAAUAUCAUCUCGAACGUCUUCUCGGGUCUGCUUGCUGCUGCGAUCCUGACGAAUAUGGAUGGCAUCGCGGACCUGCGUGCGUGGCAGUGGUUCAUUCUCCUCGAGGGCAUCGUCAGUGUGCUGGUUGCGCUGGUGGCGUAUCGCUUCCUGCCGAAUUUCCCGGAUAAUACCGGUCGCCGCUGGUUCUCUGAGGAGGAGACCGCCAUGGCGCAGUACCGGCAGGUUGUGUCUGCUGGGGGUGUGCAUGAGGGCGCGGAGGGGCAGGGCGAUUACUGGGGCGGUGUUAUACUGGCGGCCAAGGACCCGUUUACGUGGUUCUUUGCUGCCAUUCACUUCUCGCUGAUUAUCGCGCAGUCGUUUAAGGAUUUCUUUCCGUCGAUCGUCGAGACACUCGGCUUCAGCGAGGUCGUGACUUAUCUCGUGCAGGCGCCGCCCUAUGUGAUUGCGUACUUUGUAACGCUGGCUAUAUCCUGGUCGUCCGGUAGAUUCCUGGAGCACUGCUGGCACAUCAUUGUCCCGAUUCUGGUGGCCUUGGGCGGUGCGGUUCUGAUGAUCUCGACUCUGAACGUGGGAGCCCGCUAUUUCAGUCUGAUCCUGCUGUGCACCGGUCCGUUCGUCGGUCUCAACAUCCAAAUCUCCUGGGAAACAACCGUCGUCCCCCGCCCGCGGACAAAACGAGCAGCCCUGAUUGCUAUAGCGAACUGCGUCUCUUCUGUGUCGCACUGGUUCACGCCAUACUUCUUCCUCCGGUCGCAGGAACCGCGGUACGAGACUGGUGGGGGGAUUAUCAUUGCUGGGUGUGGAUUGACGGCCAUCUUCUGCCUCCUGGCGAAAUGGUGGUGCGUCAGGAAGAACAAGCAGCUCGAUGAGGCGGAGGAAGCGAGUGGGGAGGUCACCGAGUGGAGGUAUGCCACUUGA